GGCCAGUGCGGGGCAGAAACAGACGCAGGACCUGAGGAAGUGGACGAGUAGAAGUUGCCGUAGUUGGCUCGAUUUAAAUAAUUAGGACUAUUUAAUAGAUAUUUAAUCUGUUGUAUGAGUUGAACACGAGCUAAAGCGCGAGUUCUUUUUUAGAGGGUUUGUACAGCAGCAAUGCCAUCCCAGCCUGCUGCCAGAGAACCAGAGGAGGAGAUGGAUACGGAGGCAGAUUCUGAAGUGCCUCACGCUAAUGGAGAAAUGGAGGAAGAGAGAGAGAGGCAGGCAGGAGAGGCAGAGGAGACAGUGGAGGAGAGCGGCGAGGACCACGACAGUGACCUGGAGGAGAGUGAGGCAGAAGAAGACGAAGAGGAAGAUGAGGAGAGUUCAGAGAUGGACGAUGAAGAUUGCGAGAGGAGGAGAAUGGAGUGUAUAGAUGAGAUGUCUGACCUGGAAAAGCAGUUUCUGGAACUCAAAGACAAGCUGUUUAGGGAAAGGCUCGACCAGGUGAAAGUGAAGCUGGAUGAAGUGCUGACAGGAAAGGCAGGGGAGUACCAAGAGCCACUGGCCAACCUGCAGCACAACAUGCAGCUACGCACACAAGUGGCAGGCGUGUACAGAGAACUGUGCCUUCAGGUGAUCAGACACAAGCAUGAGUGUGAAGUACAAGGAGCAAAACAGCAUCUGGAGAGUGAGAGAACACUCCUGUUUGACGCCAUGAAGACGGAACUGCUGGAGAAGAUCCGCAGACUAGAGGAAGACAAGCAAAGCGUGGACAUCACCUCAGAGUGGUGGAGUGAUGAGGUGAGGAUGAAGAAGUGUAAGAGGAGAAGUCACCUUGCGCGCCAAGACAGGAAAAAGAAGGCAGCGCUUGUAUCAGGUCCUUACAUAGUGUACAUGCUGAGGGAUAUUGAUAUACUGGAAGACUGGACGGCUAUCAAAAAGGCUAAAGCUGCUCUAAUGCCCUUGAAGAAGAAGUCAGAUAGUCGUCAGUUGUCAGUACGAUGUGAAGGAGGCACGCUGUUCUAUGAGGGAGAGCGAUUCUCGAAGGGGAACAGCGUUCUACUGGAAGUCUCUGAUGACAGCCCGGCACAGGCAGUAAUAACAGCCAUCAAUGCAAGUGAGAUCUGGUUUAAAAGAACAGAUGGUAGCAAAACCAAAAUCUACGUCUCACAGCUACAGAAAGGCAAAUACACCAUACGGAAGCCCUAGAGCACGUACAUAAACACACACACACAAACACAUACAAACACAAACACACACAGACACAAAGAGUAUGGUGUACAGAGUUACCUGCCGUGCACGGCAGAUGUGUAUAUGUAGUGAUAAUACAACUGUGUCUUCCAAACCUCCUGUCAACUACUAAUACAGAAAUACACUGUUAUUCAAUUCCUAAUGGACUUAAAGUAAGCCAGCCAGCAGAGUUGGUGUCUAAUACAUAAACACAAUAUGUUGCUUUGAUAGACUGGACUGAAUGCCUCACUAGCAUGCUUUGCAGAGGCGUCCAAAUGAGCAGAUAGCGUAACAGCAGCUUCUGUUCUUCAGGACACACAGCGUAUGGCACAACAACAGAAACUGCUGAAUCACACUGUCCCAUAACAGGCAUACUCAUACCGUACACACACACACACAAUGAGUAACCGUGAACUGUAGACCAAAUAGAGUUUUGUGAUUAUGUAAAUGAUCGCAGACUGAAAUGUAUACAUAGCUUUCCCCCAUUACCAUGUUCCAAAUGAAUGGUAAGCAAAAACCCUGUGCCAGAUUCACAAAGCUAUCCUAAGAAAAAAAAUUUGAAAAAAUGUUAAGAUAAACACUAAGUAGUUAGGUUAAUAAGAACAAGCGUCAUUCACCAGUGCCUUUCCUUUCCUUUAAAAAAAAGUUUGUUUUUGAUAAAAGUCCUAUAUAAAUACAUUGGUGAAUGUUAAAAUUAUUGUGAUAACUUUGUAAGAAGGUUUUACUAAGAGGAAACUCUCUUCUUAGGAAAUUGAAUAAGGUUAACAUCCCCAAAUGAAAAUCUUAAAGCAGAAAAAUCAGAAUCACAAAUAUUCUCUUAAGAAUUUUUGCAUUAAUUCCUAAACUUUUCCUAAGAGGCUCUUUGUGGUUUUCUUAUGUAGCUGAUUAUGCUGCAUUGUACAGCUUACUAUAAAUGACGAGAAGCACUUUUCUGAUUUUCCAAAUCAAAGUAAGCAUUACCUAAGCCAAACUUCAGUAAACAAUAGUUAUAAGUGAUGGUGGAAGAAACAGAAAUCAAAUCCUGAUUGGGCACUGUUAUUUGAUAAGAUAACAUAGAAGGCUAUUAUUUUUCUCAUAUAAUUUAAGAACAGUUUUGGUUUGAAUUAUAUUACAUUAGAAACAUUAUUAUAUUAAUUUGGCUUUUAUAAUGUCUUACAUUAAUGAUUUUAUGAUUUUAGAGGCUUACCCUUACUUUUCAUAGUGGAAGACAAGUGUGAAAAAAUAUUUCAGAACAGCAGUGAUGUUUCCAUGUUAAAGUAACCCAUAUUUUAACACUCCCAAAUUAGUGAAGAAUAAUACUUUUCUCCAAAAACAGCAUCCUUAGCUCUGUCCUCAGUUUAAAUAAAUUUAAUCAGUAUUUAAUUAGUAUUUAUUUUUACCCCAUGAAGCAGACACUACUUUCACUUCUGGUCAGAUUGCUGAGAACUGUCUUUAAUACAAAAAUAUAUUAACCUAUGUAAUAUGAAAACAUAGAGGUAGCACUUUAUAUGUUUUACAUGUUCUUUGUACUUAUUAAGCUCAGCAGAAAAUAAUAAAAUAUUUUUCCUUACGGGCCAAUUUGAUCCACAACGUGACAAAAGGUUUAAGAGAAAAGUAAAACAUAAGUUAGUGACUUACUUAAGUGAAUGAAGUUAAAAAACACACCCAAGAAAAAUUUCUUUCUUAAUACAGUUUUGUGAAUCUGGCUCCUGGUUUACAUUUCCUGUGAACGUUUUCACAUAUUGUGCACUAAAUGCAUAUACACUGUAUCCACAAUAUAGUUUUAAAAAUAUUUCUUUAAAGUACACUAAAGAUUUAGAGACGGCCUCUAUGACUGCAUUCACAUGCUGAAUAUUGCUUUAUAGUGUAGUAUUGCAGCCCGUUGGUGUAAGUUGCCCUUUUUCCUGUAAUAGAAGGCCAGGUUUGCAGUGUGUCUCUGAACAGCGUAGUUUAAACUAGAGCAGCUUCUACUGACGGCACGAAACGACCCGCGCCUCUCAUUAAGAACGAUUGCACUUCAGAAGAAGGAGAAUAUUUGUGAUGAAUAUUUCAGAUUUUUUUUUUUUAGCUUAUUUUAAUAAGACUUAUUGAGUGCAAAGAGUAUUUAUAUACGUUUGUACACUGAUUUGGAAUCAGAGGGUGCUUUUACAACUUAUUUAAAAAGUGUUUUAAUAUAAUCAUGUAUUUAUAACAGUGAAUAAAUAAAAUCUGUUCUUUU